AUGGGUGUUCCUGUGUUUUUUAAAUGGUUAAUCAAAAAAUAUCCAAAGAUUAUUGAAGAUGCUAACACCACCACUACUCAAACGGUGGAAUAUGAUAAUCUUUAUAUUGACAUGAACUCCAUUAUCCACCCAUGUUUUCAUCCCAACGAUGAUAACAUCAAUACUUCUCCACCAACAACAUUUUUGGAAGUGUUUGCAAACAUGUUUGACUAUAUUGAUGACCUUGUUACCAUUGUUAAACCUCGCAAGCUACUCUACAUGGCCAUUGAUGGAGUAGCUCCACGAGGCAAAAUGAACCAGCAAAGGGCCAGGCGUUUUCAAGCUGCUAAAAAUGACCAAAUGCGUGAAGCUGAGGAGGAGAGAUUGAGGAAACAAUUUGAAAUGGAAGGAAAACAAGUUCUUCCUAAACAAGAAUGUGAAGUGUCUGAUUCUAAUAUAAUCACCCCCGGAACUGAGUUCAUGCACCAACUCUCAAAGGCUCUUAAAACCUAUAUCUCUUCAAGAAUAUCCUCUGAUUCAUUAUGGAAGGAUAUUAUGGUAAUUUUAUCUGAUUCUAAUGUUCCUGGAGAAGGAGAACAUAAGAUUAUGUCAUUCAUAAGGAAACAGCGCGGGCUGCCUGAUUACAAUCCAAACACAGUCCACUGUCUAUAUGGCUCGGACGCGGAUCUCAUAAUGCUUGGAUUGUCAAGCCAUGAGCCUCAUUUUUCAAUUUUAAGAGAGUUUUUGCCUAAUUAUCGUGCUAAGGUAGACCCAAAUGCUGCUAAGAGGUUGGAGCUUUUGCAUAUUUGGCUGUUGAGGGAAUACCUUGAAUUAGACAUGAAGAUAGAAGAUCCUCCUAAAAAUUUCAUUGUUGAUUUUGAGCGGAUAGUUGACGAUUUUAUCUUCAUUUGUUUCUUCGCUGGCAAUGAUUUUCUUCCCCAAUUACCUUCAUUGGAUAUUUUUGAUGGGUCUAUUGAUUUACUUAUGACUGUUUACAAGAAAGAGUUUCAUAAACUUAGAGGGUAUCUUGUCGACAUAAAUAAGAUGGGGGAGAAACAAAGUGCUUGUGUGAAUCUAUCAAGAGUUGAAGAAUUCAUACUUAUGGUUGGUACAUAUGAAGAAAAAAUCUUCGACAAAAGAAGUGCUAUUAGAGAGAAGAAUCUGAGAAGGCUUACUAUUGAACAUGAAAACUCAAUGCAAGAAGAGCGGAAUGCAAUUAAUUUCAUCGAUUUUGAGAAUGGAAAUGGUUCAGAUUGCGCUCUUGGCAUUAGGAAUGCUGCAGUGUCUGAUGAAGAAAUUUUGAAAAACACAAAUGAUUUAAAAGAGGAGUUAAAGAAAUGCAUUAUAGCUAAAGGGGAUUUAUAUAUGAUUAUAAAAUUGGGAACUGUUGGCUUUAAAGAAAGAUAUUAUAAAGAGAAAUUUUCUGUGUUUGGUCCCACCAACAUUGAGCUAAAAAGGAAAGAAGUAGUGCAGAAGUACACGGAAGGGUUAUUGUGGCUUCUUGAGUACUAUUUUUCCGGAGUUGCUUCAUGGACAUGGUUUUAUCCAUUCUACUAUAGUCCAUUUGCUUCAGACUUUAAGGGUAUGGGUCAAGUGACAGUAAAUUUUGAGAAAGGUGUUCCAUUCUUGCCUUUUGAUCAACUCUUAAGCGUUCUUCCUCAAAGGAGUGCUUAUGCACUUCCUAAAGCUUAUGCACAAUUGAUGCUGGAUGAGAAGUCUAAAAUAUUUGACUUGUUUCCUCAGAAAUUUGAAGUUGACAUAGAAGGAAAGCGCUUCAGGUGGAUGGGGGUAUGCAAACUUCCCUAUAUGGAUGAACGAAGGCUUUUGGCCGAAAGAAUUAAUGACGAGACUCUAAAUGAUCGAAUGUCAUCGUUUUCUCCUUUUCACAAUCGGCAAUCUAAUGAUCAUGGAGGAUCUUACUAUUGUCAUCCAUUUUCGAAUAAUUUUCGUUAUGGUCGAGGACGAGGUAGGACUCAACAGAAUUACGAUAAUGCGUAUUCAUGGAGGAAUGCUUCUUCUAAUUCCAAUAACUCGUCACGGUCUCAAUGGAGUGAAUCAAAGGAUACAAAUCGUUGGUAGAAAGAAAGCUAUCUCAGAAAUGAUGCAGAUUUUUGUUUCACCAUUGCUAGUGUGCAUGGUUUUGGUGAUUGAAAA